CACUGUUCGGGGUAGAGUUGGAGUUAGAGAGAGAGAGAGUGUGUGAGAGAAUGAGAGUGAGAGAGCGUGAGAGAGAAACAGAGAGAAAGAGAGCGAGAGAGAGAGUUGAUUGUGGUGUGAGCUGUGUAGGCCUACUGAGGAGGCGGAACUAGUGUACUAGGCCAUCAGAAGUGACUGCUGGUUCCCGAUGGCUGCUCCUCCCAGUACCGUAAAUUCAAAAACUUUAUUCCUUUACCUCACUGUAUAUUACUGCCAUCUCACAGUCUCCUAGACGGUCUGUGGCUGUGAGUUUUUGGUUUCCUUUUCUUUCUUGCUGUUUUAAAUUGUUAUUUUUUUUAGCGAACUUUUAAAACAGUAUCAGGAACUCUGACUGUCUCGAGCUCGAGGCGGUGCGUCCUCACAGAAAGAGUUGUGCUCGCGCGAGGAAACUUUUUAACAGGACAUAUGAGGCUUCACCGCUCAGCUGGACUCAAACCGGCAUCAUGACACGGCAUUCGUUAAGAAUACUCCUCUCUGUGACUCUCAUGAGAUUGUGUCUUCUUAAUCAUAGCAUACUUCCAGCACAAGGGGAAGGUAUAGGUGCUGUUGCCAGCCUCACUGUCUCUAACAAAACCACAUCAUCUGUGUCUCUAACCUGGAAUGAGCCACCUGGGAACAGGUCGUACUUUACAGUAAAUUGGACUGGUGGCAGUGUGAAUAACAGAAGUAACACUUCAAACAUGUCUUACACUGUCACUGGUCUGACUGCUGGAGUGAACUACACAUUCACUGUUACUGCAGUUGCUGCAGAUGGAACUACAGGAACACCAACUCAAAUCUCAGCAUUCACAAGUAAGACUUGUACAUGCAGAUAAUGUUAUUCUGUAACACAUUUAAUAAUUGAAAUGAUUUCUCUGCAUAUUGUAUAUUUUUGGAAUCUACUGUAUGUGAGCGUUGGUGUCUCCUAGCUGGUGCUGAUUUGAACACUAGUUAAAAUAGAAGCUUGUUUGAAGCUAAAAGAUGCUUUGUGUAACUUUCUGUGUGAAUUGGUGUUCAGUAACUAUGACUGAAUUGUUUGUUCUUGUACAGAGAAAAUAACAAAGUCUGUUGUAUUUAGUUUGUAUUUGUGCAAAAAAGCCUAUUAAUAUUGAAGUGGAGUGACAAAAAUAGUGAAUAUCCAUGAAUCUGGGUUGUAAGAAAUUGGAGAAGAAAUCUAAGGCUGUGUGUCAGACAUCCAACUGUGUCAGCAAAUUUUGCAAGUCACACCCUAUGCACAGCAUGUUAGUGUAUGACCACAAAAAUAGUUUUAUAUG